CAUCUCACUCUCUGUUAUUUUCCCCACUCCUCUCUCAUCUCUCCCUCCUCUCGCUGCUUUCACUUCCCCAUGUUUUCACACUGUUGAACACGCCAAGUGCUAGCUGCUACAUGUGGGCUUCAGCAGACAGCACGCCAAAGUAUCAGUGCAUCCACAGCUCCAGAAACCAACCAGAGUAAAUCCAUCUGAAAUUUAAAAGACACCAAACCCUGCACAACAGCACGCGGAUUAAGACAUACAACCAUGAAAACGAGACUUGGUUGCCUAUCCAACAAAUCUGACUCAUGCAGUGACGUUUCAGAAUUUUUACCAUCUGGACCAGAAAGAUCCAUACGAUACCUGAAGUUAUCCACAGAUGAGGUGGCCAAAUGGACAGAUUCGUUUGAUAUUCUUCUGUCAAACAAGUAUGGAUUGGUGGCCUUCAGAGCAUUCCUUAAAACAGAGUUCAGUGAUGAGAACAUCGAGUUCUGGUUAGCUUGUGAAGACUACAAAAAGAUCAAAUCACCUGCAAAGCUGGUGUCAAAAGCCAACAAGAUCUACAAGGAAUAUAUUGAUGUUCAAGCACCAAGAGAAGUUAACAUAGACUUCAGGACCAGGGAAGAGACCAGACAGAAACUUCUGGAACCAACAUCCUCCAGUCUCAAUGAGAUCCAAACCAAGGUCUACAGCCUCAUGGAGAAAGACUCCUAUCCUAGGUUUCUUCAAUCAAAAAUGUAUCAACAGAUUGUGAACAGGACACAGAUGCACUGUCAGAGGAAGUCUGUUUAAAGAGGAAUCUCUAUGUUGUUUUGCUUGUGUAGUUAAAACCUAUAGAGAUGUUAGAGCAGACCUUUACUGUUAUACAUAUUGAGUUUGACUGAAUAUGCAUUGUAGAACUGUGAAGCUUGUUUGCACUUGUAUAGAGUAUAUAACAUGUUACUGUGCUCCUAUUUGAAGUGACCUCCUUCCCAAUACUAACACAGAUGAAUUUAUGUUUGUAAAAGCAUGUGGAUAAAAAUUGAUCACAGCUUCAUUUUGGGUGUAACAAUUUGAAAUCAAUUUACAGGUUUGUGGUUUGCUAGUUAUUUACAUUUAUUUAUUUCUUUGAGUUUAUAAUUAAAAAAUAGUAGUGAGUUGAUCAGAUGUCUUACAAAAACACAAAUAGAACAAAAAAAAAAAAAGAAUAACAGCCCAACACAUUCAAGAACAAUUAUUCAAGAAUCAGAACAUUCAUCGAUUAAUAUUCUUCCAUAGUUUUGUCAUGAGGUUUGACUCAUUACCGAGCCUCUGAUUGGUGAAAAAUACAAAAUGUUUCCACAGUCAUUGUGAUAGUUUAUCUGAUGAAUGACAUGUUACUUGUUGAAACUGUAGAAUAUUAAGCUUCCCAGACAGUUAAAACAUUGUCCUCAUUUCUGCAAUCAUGAAAAAAUAACAUGACCAGAAUAAAGAGAGAAUGAACUUCAGUACUCUCAUAAAAUCAGUUAUGUAUGUCACAUACUAAUGUGUCAUUUUCACCCAUGAAAAGCACUGUCUAAAUAUGGAACAAACAAAUCGGGUUUCCUUUCAGCAGAUGGCACUGAAUGUAGGUCAGUUAACUGUAAACAGUUGACA